AAGUUCGCGAUAUAUAAGGGUGGCACGGCCGCCGAGGAUCAUUCGUAGUUCGAUCUCCUCCUGGUGACCGAGUCGAGUGUGGCAGGAGCCGUGCAAAAACCAAAUAUGGUGUCGCCAGCUCUAGUGCUUUUCACGCUGUCAACACUUGCUGUUCACGGGAAACAAGUGUCCACAGACGGCCCUAUAAUUUCGUCAGGAUGCGAGGGAAAGACGCUCUGUGACAUAAAACCAGCUGACUACCCGCAGGAGGAGAUCGACAAUUACUUCAUCAAUAACCCGGAUUUCCACAAACGCCUAAAGAGGGAGUAUUAUACUCAAAAAUAUAAGCCAGUGUUGCUUGAAGAAGGAAGCGUUAAAGGGAACUGCCAAACAACUGUGGAUAUGACGGCACCGUUCCAAGUGAGAAAUGCGAGCAAGCUUCCCCACGUGAUCGUGCAAUCCCAGUAUUACGAGCAAAAAAUACAACAAGUGACAUGCGACAAAUAUUCGUAUGAUGAGUACGACAAAUACGGAAAUGAGUGCUUUGGCGACUUGGUGCCCAGCAUUAAAAGAACCCAGUGCGUACAAAAAACCGCCAAGCUUAUGUUAGUCGUGUAUAACCGUGAAACUAAGACAAUGGAGGAAAUGGAUGCAACAAUUAAUGUGGAUUGUAUUUGUGGCGCGUACGAUGUCUAUUAAGGCCUUUCUUCUAGACUAUUUAAAUAUUACCAGCCGGUGGGACGAAUAAAGCAAUUAAUUACUAAUCUGA